AACAAUCACGCUAAACCCGAGAUUAGGAUCUGACUUCCACUCCAACACAAACAUCUUCUCCAUUUUUUCAAUUUCUUUUCAAACUUUUCUCUUUCCAUUUUUUAUUUUUAUUUUUUUCUUCUUCUGCGGAACACUCCAAUGGCCGGCGCUAUGGUUCAUAAGAUCAGCCAAAUAGUACGCCUCAAGCAGCUAAUGCUGCGCUGGAAACACGUCAGCGUUCGCCGCCGGCCCGUCUAUUGCUCCGAUUCUGAGCCGCAUGCGGCGGCGGUGGCGAACGAUCCGACCAGCCGCCGCAUUCCAUCGGGUUUUCUGGCUGUCUACGUGGGUUCGACGGAGCGCCGGCGGUUUCUGAUCCCGGCAAGGUUUCUGAACCUGCCGGUGUUCGUGGCAUUGUUGAAGAAGGCGGAGGAAGAGUUCGGAUUCGAGUGCAGUGGGGGUCUUGUUCUUCCAUGUGAAGUGGGGUUUUUUGAGGAGAUCUUGAGGUUUCUUCAGAAAAGCGAGACCAAGUUUGGGAAAUUUGGUUUGGAUGAUUUCUUGAAGAUGACUUCUGAUGUGGGUUUUGAUUCCUGUAGAGAAAUAUCCACAAACAACAUGUCUCACGCUUUCACUCCACUCUUGCAGAAGGCUAGGGUUUGACAACGACCGGUUAGCACUCAAGCACCAUUUUUUCUUUUUUUUACCUGGAAAAUGGUUUUUUAGGGUUUCUCAAGAGCCAUUUGUAAAUGGGUUGGUCUUACUCUCUCUUUUUCUUUUUUCUUUUUUCCUUUUUCUUUUUUGUUGGGAUUUUCUUUCUUUUUUUUUGGUUCAUACCAUCCUUGAACCCAUUUUAUAAAGUUCCCAAAAAAAAAAAAAAAAAAAAACUUUGAUGGGUAUCAAUGAGAUGUUGUUGGACUUUUCUUUCUUCUUUCCAGGCAUCCGUUUCUUGUAGUGAUGCUACUGCUAGUGAAAUAUCAGAAAAUCAAUGAAUGAAAUGUUCAGAUUAGCUGUUACUUUUUUUUUUUAA